GAGGACCCACCCCUCAAGGCCGCGUAGUUUGGUUGAGCACAGGCUGCAGUUUCAGUUUGUUUUAUUCACCAUUUUGAAGGUAGCUGAAGGUAAAAAAAAUAUAUAAGAAUAUUUGCGUUAGGAGGACAAGUGGCUGCCGUACUUUUAUUUUCACGCGCUAGCUCGGACGGUGGAGUUGUGCGUCAACCUCACUCCCCUCGGUGUUUUGCAGAGCGGGAAUCUAUAUUCCUUUUUCCCCCCCUGUGCUUUUUCUUCUCCCCCUUUCUCACAUCCUUAACCUCCACAGUAUUCCUGCAAAAUGUCAAGACCAGUGAGGAACAGGAAGGUGGUGAACUACUCACAAUUCAACGAGUCUGAUGACGCAGAUGAGGAGUAUGGUGACGACAAGCCGAAGAAGGUGCGACCAGCCCCUCGUGAGCACAAGCGCUCAAAGAACUCGCAAGAUGACAGUGAGGACUCUGAUGACAAGCUCUCCAAACCCAAAAAUGAUUCAGCAGAUGACUUUGGCAGCGAUGAUGAAGACAAUGACUUUGGAGAGGAGGAGGAUGAAGACGGAGGAAGUGACUAUGAAGAAAAAAGAGGGAAAAAGGGAAAGAAAGCCAAAGUGGAGAAGCCCAGCAAGCGGGGGCCGAAGAGAAAACGGGCUGCAGAUGACAGCGAUGACGACAGGGAAGUGAGUCGAAAGCGUACAGUGCGUCAGGCGGCCUCAAAGGCCGUGUCCAAACAGAGAGAGAUCCUGCUGGGAGAUGGAGGCAGCGAGGAUGAGGAACAUGAAGAUCAAGAGGAGUCCUACAUGGACCCUGACGAGUCUGGCAGCGAUGAGGACUUCAUGGUGGAGGAUGACGAUGACAGCGACUACGGUCACUCCAAGAAGAGAGGCAAGAAGGUGAUUCGACGGCGACGGACAGACAAGGAGAAGAAAAGCCCCAAGCCACGGCUAAAGGCCACAGUGACCCCCAGCCCAAUGAAAGGAAAGGGGAAGGGGCGCCCCAGCACCAAGGCGAUGGAGAAGAGCUCACCCAAAGAGGAAGAAGAGGAGGAGGACCCAGAGAGUCCCCUGGAGGAGGAAGAGGAGGAGCCCGAGAAGAAGGAGAGUUCCCCAGCUCCCAAGAAGACAAAGGAGGCCACAGGAGGAGAAGAGGAAGAGGAGGACGAGGAGGAGGAGGAUGGCUCAGAAGAGGAGGCACCCUCUGGAGAAGACUAGAAGAUGGUACCCAUUUGAAGCCCAUCCUCCACAUCUCUCUCUGUCUGUUCUCAGUGGGUUUUUUCUGUUCUUCUUUUUGUUGUUUUGUUUUUUUUCUUUUUGUUUUGCUCUGCGUUUAGACUUUUGUUUGUUUUUUUUGGUUAGUUUUUUUUGGGUUUGUGCCGGUGGCCUGGCUCAGUGGUUUGGACUUGGUGUGCUUCUUUAACCUCCCCCCUCCUUCUCGCUGCCUCCAGCUUGGACAUAGUGCUCCUGUGGCUGUACAGCAUAUGUAAGGACUUAGUAUUUUCUCUUCAUCCUUUCUGGAUUUUCGUGUGAAAACUCUCAGCGCUAGCAGGCAUCCGUCCCGAGUGUGAACACACCCCUUCACUGCUGUGUAUCUUUGUUUCCUCCUCGCGGUUAUCAGGCAUGACUGGCCACACUCUUUACUAUUUUUUUUACUGAUAUGUGUCAGUAAGUUGAGCGCUGUAUUUGCAACAUGACGUUGAGUGAGCACGUGCAGGCAGCAGUAAAGCCUUCACCCUCUCUGGUUUGCUUUUUUGGCACCAGGUGGUUGUUUUAGACGGUUCUUUGAGUUUGAGCAGCGUCUUUUAAAUUCUUUUUAAAGCUAGCUCCGCUUCCUUCAGACACUUUGAUCUACAUAGUUUGCGGCUGCUGCUUCAUUAAAAGUGUAACUGGGUGUUCGCUACAUGUCAGACUGCCACCGUUGCACAUUUCAAGAAGACACACGCGUGUGUGCGCCUUUGCAUACACGCUUAAAUUUUCAUUGGGGUACUUUUUGUAUUUUUCCUCUAAGCCCAUCAGCUGCCUUUGUGAAAUGGUUUCUGUUGUUGUACGUCAGGCUUUCUAAUAACCUCCUUUUAAAAAACACACACAAUUUCUAUUCCCUGCAUGGCUACAGCAUCUUCUGAACACUCAAGCCCUUGUGCCAGGCAUCCUGAAACCUUUUUAUUUUAAGAAAGAGGUGUUUUUGUUUUCUUUUGUCUUUUUUUUCUUUUCAGAGUUAAAAAAUGAAUGUUUUUCUCCUGUUGGUUAUUGUUCUAAUUCUCUAUUCAGAUUUUUUUUGUAAUGUUUGUUUUUUAAGAAAAAGAAAUAAAAUGUAUCUUGAUUUUAAAGAAAAAAAAUGUCGACCCUAUCCAAUCUGUUCUUGCCUGAUGGUUUGAUCAGCCAUCCCUUCUUUGACUUAUUCUGUCCUUUUCAUCCCCCCCUCCCACCCCCAAACACAUCAGCUUUAGCGAGGUCCAUGUUUCCUGGAGGCUUUUUUUUUUUUUUUUUUGCCCACAUUACUGUUUCCACAAGUGGACACCUUUUCGACUCCAGAUUUCCACAGUCCUGCGACUCGGGAGUAGAUUAAAAGCGGGCAGCUCGGUAUAUAUCCGGCAUUUGUUUCUCUGUCAAUGCCUUAAUUUUCAUUGAGUUUCGGUCGUGGCUCUGAUUAUAUCGUCACUGGAGGCCCGAGAAUGUAAUCUGUCCUCAAGUUUUAGGUCUUUGCUACAAACGGCAAAUUAGGCUUAAAACGAGUCAACAAUCUGUACGAUCAGCAAUCCAAAGCCAUAAAACGAUCUCAAAACUAGUGACUCGGAGAUCAGGUGCAGCACUUGUGAGAUUAAAUGUUUUUGUUUUUUUUUUUGCAACGAAUAGUGUUUGAUGUCAAAGUGAAAAAACAAAGAAAAAAAGCAAAACAAAAAAAACCAAAAAAAAAAACCAAGUCUGUAUUGCGGUCUUGGGAGUGUGUUUUCACAUCAAGUCUGAGGCUGCAGUAAACGUCAGUCCUGGAUGUGUACAGGACCCACUCGAACCUAGUCCCUGGUUCAGAAGCACAUUCGAUUGUUUUCCGACUGUCCUCGUUCGCAGGUUAAAGUGUUUUUUCUACGUUCAGGUCCUGAAUUGGCACCCAUCUGUAGCUACUGUCAUUUUCUGAUUGGAACUUAAAAACAAACAAACCUCUGUUUAUAUCAACCUAACGCUCCAAGAGCUGUUAGCGGUAGGGUCAGAUAGCGGCUCGUAGUUCACAGCACUGAGGGCUUGAAUGAGGUUCCUAUCAUCGUCCCGCAGGAGCCACAUGGCAUAAGGCUAUGAAUUUCUCCUCUCUCAUUCAUUCUACAACUUCUGUUCUCUUUCUGAUGUCUUUUUUUUUGUUUGUUUUUCUUUCAAUCUACCUUCAGUUGUACUGGCAAUGUAAAUGUAAGCCAAGUUGUGAUUCCUACAGGAGACCAAGUGGAGAAGAUUUUGUCAGUAGUGUGGAAAAGGAACACUGAACUCUUGAAUCUUUUUGCAUGUUGUGGAAAAGUGCGAAGCGGUGAUGAUGAUGGUGGUAAUGGCAAUAUUGUGGUCUUACAAAAAAAAAGUAUUAACAGCGAUGUUGAUAAUGUUUUUGGUUUCCCAGCUUCUAAUAAAGGCAACCUACUUUUUAUACAGA